AGGGCAACACUACAUGAUCUUUUCAUUACUUUAGAACACUUAAAUUUUUUGGUGUUACUGUUCCUUUAAUUACAGAGUUUUUUGGGAUAUAUUUUUGUGUUUGAUAUAUGUGAACUAGGGGCUAUAUCCCAGCAACCAUUGCCCUUUAGACAGGCCUUCUAGACUGCAGCAGAUAAGCUUUACUACAUUUUGGAGCUGUGUCUGCUACCCCCAGACCUUUCUUUUCUAACGUUCGGCCGGUGGCUGCCACUAAUGUUUCUGCUCCCAAAAGUUCAUCAUAGGUUAUUUAUUUUUUCAGCUUAUUUGUGCUAGGGAAGAAGCAGAAAAAAACUAGUUUCCUGGUCACAUGCAAUACAUGCAAGCAGAAGAAUCUAUACAAAAAAUACAAUUUCUUUUUUCGUCUGUGCUCAGUUUUUUUUUUACGGUGCCAGAGGAAAAAGGUCUAACUUUCCUGGUUGCCCACAAUACCUGCUGCUAUCAAAGCUUAUUCUCCCAAUUCCAAUAGGCCAUGCUGAAAAUAUGUGCUGUGUUUAUGUCUCUGGGAAAGAGUUUUUGCCAAAUUUAGAUAUAAAUUGGUAAAAUUUAAAAUUUUCUCUUCAUUUACUCUAAUUCUGAGGUGUGGUGGUUCUCUGUCAGCUCCACAGCUGGGAGCCCAAGAAGACUGGUGCUGCCAGAGGUUUUUGAACCCCACAGCAAUUCAUCUUUCUUAAUUGGCUUAGUUACCCGUAUCUUUUUUUCCAUGACAUUUGCUGGAGCUCUUUCAAUAUGUCUAUUGAAAAUUCCCCCAUGGGGAUUUUUAGAAGCCUAGCAAUGAUUGUUUCCUAUAGGCAGAAAAAGCUCUGCUCCUGAAUGAGUGAGGUAAUCUUCCCAUUCAGACCAAGUAUACUGAAGAUGUAGUAGUGUAAACAUUUCUGCAAGAAUUUGAAGUGAUAAAAACUGCACAUUCCCUGAUCCCAAGUUUUAGUAGUAAUUCCCAAUACAAAGGUAUUAGUGUUUCUAGCAAUUUCGGUAAAAUCUGGCUGGCUGAGUCCAAAAAGAACUGAAUAACCUCACCAAAAACGUUUGGUUAAUGUUGGAACAUAAAAAGCCAUUGCAAGGGUUAUGCAAGAAUAAUUGCCCCUGUCAUUAUACCUCGGCAUUACUUGAGUGUUCAGAGUGGCAAGGCCGACUUGAAAACAUAAAGUAACCAGGCAACCAGCUCUCAAACUCUGCCUGGAGACGCACUCAGUGAGGCGAGACCGACUCUGCUUUCUUAUCCAUUCACAGAGACUGUCAUCCCCAGCUAAUACCAUUGGAUUCACUCAAACAAUCUGUCAUUGUGCCUGGAAUAGUGAAUGGUUGCCGUGAUGCUGAGCGCAGGACCCCUAUAUUUUCAUGAUCAGCCAAAAAUGAGAGUAAUUAAAAGGACAAAGAAAAUGCCAGAAGAAUUACCCCCUGAUAUGAAAUACAUGAACAUUAACCCACGCCUUGCAAAUUUCAUUAACAGUCUUAAUAAGAACCGGAAAGGGGCGCAAACUAAUGCUGACAAGAAACCUGCUACAUUACCAAAAGAGGACAAGGCACGGAAGGAUAAAUAUCCAAUUCUACCUGAAAUUAGUGGCUCUGAUAGUUUGAAGAAUGGUGCAGACAAUGUAAACCUGAGAUCCAGCCACAUCCUCUGUGAUGAAGAGCAAUUUAUGAACCCUUAUGAUGAGUAUAAAUAUGUUGCCCCUACAUUGCUGUAUGAACUUGGAAAGCUAUUACUAUUUUUUUCACAGUUUGAGAUCAUCUUCCCUCAGGGAGUGGUAAAUGUACUGAAUUACAGCUGGGAAGAACUCAUUAAAGGUGCAGUGUACAAGAGACCAUGCCAAUUUCUUGCUGGCAAAAGAGCCGCCCCAGACACAGGUGCAACACCUGUAGAUAAUGAAAGCAAAGGGGCAGGGGCAGGUGAUGGGCUUCUUGAGAAUGCAGAAAGUACUAAAAAUAAUAAAAAUAAGACCAACACUACUCUGCCAGAAAAUGUUAAGGGGAAUGAAGAGCCUUUACAAAACAGAACAACUGGAAACAAAUCUCCCCAGUCUCUUGCCUCCCAUUUACCAGUCACUAUCAGCUUCUCAAUGUCAUCCAGAGUAUGUGAGAACAGAGGAUGGAUAUUUUCAAAACAAGAUUCAAAAUCCGAAGAUAUGGAAUGGAAAAGCUUGUGUUCCUGGGUAUUGGAAAGACUGCAGCUGGCACAGAUACAAAUUAACAAGCAGGUCACAUCAUUGAAGGAAAUGGGAUUCUGCAAGCCAGUGAUUCUUCGGCAUUAUGACAGCACCAAAAAAGAACAUUUAAUAAAACAAAGGAAUAUCAAUAAACCUUCCUCAUUUGCUCUGGUAAAUGGCAAACCACAAAUUCCAGAGAUAAAGCGAGAAAAUGCGUCACUACAGAAACUCCAUUAUGCCUUGAUUGACGGCUCUUCACUAGUUUAGUAUCCUUUAAAUAUGAACAAGCAAUUCUUCCAUAACUGGAACUACUCUGAUAUAUCUCAUAUUAAAAUAUUAUAGAGGAGAUGCAGGUGGACACAAUCUCUAAAAUCUCCUAAUUCUGUUCCAGAUUUCCUCAUAGACUUAAAGGGGUGGUUCACCUUUAAGGUUACAUAUCGGGGCCCAUUCACUAAGUUCGAGUAAAG